CCCUUUUUUUUUUUUACUAGAUGACACUCGAGCCUUCCCCAUUUCGGAUAAGAAAGUCCAUAAGAGAACUUGUGCAUAAACCACGAAUAAAUAAGUCUCAAAAGCAUUCUGUUGUCUUACCAGCACUUCCUCCUCAUGACCCAAAGACGGAAGAAUAUGCCUAUGACGUUCUUUAUGAAUGUCAAAGAGGAUCAUUAGCAGUAGGCUAUAGUUCAAAGACUCUAUUACAAUUCGACCCUAAUCCAUGGUGUGAUGCAGAUAUGAGAUUUACACCCAUGAAUAUCGAGAAUUAUCAAUUACCAGAUCCUACAUGGGAAUGGAUUAGUAAGGAUUGGAUGAUUGACAUGACUGAAGAUGUGGAUGAAGCAGGAUGGCAAUAUGCACUUAAAUUUCAUGGUGCAGUGUGGCAUGGGAACUACAAGCAUUUUCGAUCCUUUGUGAGAAGAAGAAGAUGGAUCAGAUUAAGACAUCGAUGGAUAUCAUCCAAUCCAACGGAAACCAUAACAACUACUACCAGUACCAUAACAACUACUACCAGUACCAUAACAACUACUACCAGUACCAUAACAACUACUACCAGUACCAUAGCAACAAGUCAUUUAAAUAUCAUCAGUCGAUUAAAAGCAUGUCGACUUGAUAGAGAAAGAAUGGCUCUAUUGAAUGAAGUUAUGCAAUCCACAUUACCUGAUUUAGAAGACACUGUGCUAGAAAAGGCACCUGAGUAUAUGGACACAUUUGAUUAUGAAGAUACUAAAUUCAAAUUUAUUUCCUCACUAUUACAAAGAAAAUAUGGUGGUUCGACUCAACCUGAACUUACGCCACAGGAAAAAAAAGCAUUACAAUCACUACGAUUUUAUUGUGAUCUCCAAUCUAUUUUUAAGCAGUUGUAAAUAAAUAUUUUUUUUUCUUUUGU